CUCCCCUCUCCCUUAUCUGAAAACACGCAGUUGAAAGUUAAGAAAAUAAAUAAAUAAAAAAAUAAAAGGAGAGAGAAAAAGAAAAAUGUCUACAUCCUCCGCCACCGCCAUCGUCGCCGUCGCCGAUGCCGUCGCCGAAGCAGCCGCCAUGGCGGAGGAGAGGCAGAUGUACUGGUGCCAUGUCUGCGACAUCAGCGUCUCUCUCUUCCCUCCUCCUUCAUCGUCAUCGUCAUCGUCGUCUUCAACCUUCUCCUCUCUUCACUGUCCUCACUGCAGCACAGAUUUCCUGGAAGAAAUGGAAAGUACUCCUCUAUUCAGCACUUCAAACCCUAGCUCCGGUACUGAAUCCUCUCUUUCACAUCUUGUUUCCCUAAUCGAUUCAUCCUUUCCUCCAAAUCAUCAGACCUUGAUUAACUCAACCAACGACAAUCACAAUCACAAUCACAUAAUCGAUAGUCCAUUCCUUCGCCGUCUAAUCCAGCAUCUUACUGAUUCCGAUCCAUACGAUUCAUCUCCUUCUGAUCGGAAUCAAUCGUCGGCAUCGAAAUCCGCGGUUGAGUCAAUCCCGACUGUGAAGAUAUCGAAAGAAUUACUUCUACUCGACUCGGUUAUCAUGUGCGCAGUUUGUAAAGAUCAGUUUUCUAUCGGAGAUGAAGCGAAACAGUUGGAUUGUAAGCAUAUGUAUCAUUCUGAUUGUAUUCUUCCAUGGCUGUUGCAGCACAACUCGUGUCCAGUUUGUAGAUUUCAGUUGCCGACAGAGAAUGAUGAAGUGAAGGAGAAGAGGAGGAGAAGGUUUCAGGGAAUGAGCUUGGAUGAGUUGAUGAUGGAUGAAGAGGAGUGGUUUGGAUUAAGGAAUACGUUUAGGGACAUGGCUCGUAGGAACAUGCUUAUGUCUGAUGACUGGAACAGAGAUGACCUGAUUCCUCAACAGGUUAGAGAAGAUGAAACAACUGACUGGAGAAGCAGUGAUGAUGUUCUUCUCUCUAUGCCUCAACAUGCGGAAGAUGAGCAUAUGGAUGGCAGUGCAAACAGUGUGGAGACUGUUUCAAGCUGGCCAGCUGAAUUUAUGAGAGGAAAUGGAGAAUUCAAUGAAGAAGAAGAUGAUGAUGAUGAUGACGACACUAUCAUGCUUUGAGAUUCGAUUCGAUUCUGAAAAAGUAAUAGAAAAUAAAUCAAGGUCAUGGGUAUUUGAAAGCUAAGUGUAAAUCUCUGUGUCGACGACAACAAAUAAAAAUAACCGAUGGCACAUAGUUUUUUUGUGCUAUCGAGAUUCGGGUCAUCUUUUUUUUCACUCUUUUUUAUUCCAUGCUCUCUCUAUGGUAGGUUGUAGCAUUAAAUUCUGAAUGGGGUUCUUGGAUAAACCAAAUAUUUUUUUUGGGGGGGAUUAAUUAACUAUGUUUCCCUUGAGAGUUUCUCUUAUGCAUGUGUUAAGGCCUCAUGCAUAAGCUUUUAUUCAUGUUGUUAUGGAAAAUGUCUAUUUGAUUAUGGUG